UUUGGGGAAUGAACCAAACGGACCCUUAGGGAGGACUGCCCAGUGACGUUGAAGGACGAUCACAUCCGAUCUCUCCUCUCGUCAGUCAUUUCCGAGGCGUUUUACCUUGCGAAGUUUUGACUCUGGAAAGUUUUGCCGUGGGCCGUGGCGGAGAGAUCUGGAAUCUGGAGCCUGGAGGCAGAAAACGAGGGUAAAAGCAUCAAAAGAGACUUGAGACGAGAGCUUUGCCGUGGGCUGUGGCGUUUCUUUGUCUCUCGCAAAGACAUAAAUCACACUUGAAGCUACACAGUGAAGGGGAGAGAGAAAGAUAGCGUUUCCCUCUGUGCUGCUGUCUUCAUUAGUAUCGGUCUUCUGCUUGCGAAAUUUACGGGAGCAGACCUCUUGAUCUCUCCACAUUGUCCCCUUCUAUCGAUUUGGAUCUGCUUCUCUGUGAUCCUUUAAACAGUUCGUAUGGGAAUUGAAGAGAUUAAUGUGGAUUCAGAUAUUAAAGAUUGGCAUUUAUCGUUGGCCUAUGACCAGUGGGUACAACUCCCUGUAACUGGCUCACGACCUCCAGCUCGCUACAAGCAUGCAGCGGAAGUGGUAGAUGAAAAACUCUAUAUUGCUGGUGGGAGUCGAAAUGGCAGAUACUUGUCUGAUAUUCAGGUUCUUGACCUUAGAACUUUGGCGUGGUCUAAACUUAAACUCUAUAUGGAUUCGAACCCUGAUAAUCUAGAAGAUAGUAGCCUCCUUUCAGCCUUUCCAGCCAUCUCAGGUCACAGCAUGAUUAAAUGGGGAAGAAAACUUCUUCUUCUUGGUGGUCAUUCAAAGGAUCCCUCUGAUUAUGUAGUAGUUCGGAUGGUUGAUCUUGAAACAAACCACUAUAGUAUUUUGAAGACCUCUGGGAAAAUACCGAGAGCUCGUGGAGGGCAGUCCAUAACAGUGUCUGGCUGUAGAUUGAUAAUGUUUGGUGGAGAAGAUGCUAGCAGGCAGUUGCUUAAUGAUAUAUAUAUUCUUGAUCUAGAGACUAUGACAUGGGAUAUUGUUGAAACCACGCAGACUCCUCCAGCACCAAGAUUUGAUCACACAGCUGCAGUGCAUGCAGAACGCUACCUUCUGGUAUUUGGUGGUUGUUCCCAUUUGACCUGCUUCAAUGACCUUCAUUUAUUAGAUCUGCAAACUAUGGAAUGGUCCCAACCACAAAUUCAGGGUGAUACAGUGAAUCCUAGAGCAGCCCAUGCUAGCGUUACUUUAGAUGAAAACUGGUAUAUAGUUGGUGGCGGAGAUAAUAAAAAUGGUGCUUCAGAAGCCCUUGUGUUAAACAUGUCCAAGCUUGUUUGGUCUGUUCUGACGAGUGUAAAAGAACGAGAUCCACUUGCCAGUGAGGGAAUCAGUCUUUGCUCUACGAUAAUAAAUGGAGAGAAGUUUCUGGUUGCCUUUGGUGGCUACAAUGGGAAAUAUAACAAUGAGGUAUUUGUUUUGAGACCCAAACUGAAAGACUCCUUACGGCCUAAGAUUUUCCAAUCACCAGCAGCAGCUGCUGCAGCAGCUUCUGUAACAGCUGCAUAUGCUUUGACUACAAAAACUGAGUUGGAUUUCACAAAUACAGAAGAUUCAAAUUAUGAGGAAGUCCAAAUGAAGAAUUCAAAAGAGGAUUUCACAGCUGAAAUUAAUGCAAUUACGGAAGAAAAGAAGAUGCUGGAGUCAUCCCUUACAAAAGUGAGAGAAGAGAAUUCUAAGCUCCAAGGAAGUCUCAAUGAGAUGAACAACACUCAUGCUGAGUUGUCAAAGGAACUUAUUUCAGUCCAAGGUCAACUGGCAUCAGAGAGAUCAAGAUGCUUCAAACUAGAGGCACAAAUUUCAGAACUACAGAAGAUGCUAGAGUCAUUGCAAUCUAUAGAGGAUGAGGUACAAGUACUCCGGAACCAAAAGUCAGCCUUGGAACAACAGAUGGAGCUUGCUUCUGCCAGUCAGAGGCAAGGUUCAGGUGGCAUUUGGCAGUGGAUUGCUGGCAGUACACCAAACUCAUAAGAAUUCUAAGGUUAGUACCCUGAAAUGAAAAUGGUUGAUACAAGAUGGUGGUAACAUCCUGUACCACUGAAAAAUUUCCAGUUACAUAUCCAUGUCCAAAUUACAACAUGAUGGACAGAAUGAGAUUGUCUACAAAGAAUAUAUAGGUUUCUUUUUCUCUUAAGCAUGCAUUAGAGAUUAUGUUGUGUGCAGGGACUUGGGAGGUUAUAUUAAGAGUGAUUUUUAGAUUUCCAUUGUCAAUGUAAUCGAAGAUGGAGGUAAUGGUAACAUUUCCAAUUGGAUCUGAUAUAUAAAAUUUGUCAAGCUUUUUCUUUUAAUGGUGAACAAAUUUUGUCAAGCUUAUUGAGUACAGGAAUGGUUAUUUGUACUAUUGCAUAUGUAAUUCUGUUCUUAACAGUUGCAUUUUGUCUGUUGAACAUUGCUGAAAGGAGAAGAAUGCUUGAAGGUAU